AUUGUUGAAUGAAAUAGGAUGAAGUCGAUUUGAUCGUUAUUUGAGAAUCCAAUUAUAUAAAUUCAUUGAGAGAACAUAGACCUUUUAUAGUCAAAAGCAUAGAUUAUUCAUUAUAAUUCAUAGCCUAUAUUUUGAUUGAAUUAUUAUUUUGUCAGAGUUACUUGUAGGUUACAAAAACAAGAAAAAAAUGUCUAGUAGUGUUAUUCUGGCUGGGCUUGGAUUGGCUGCUGUAGGAUAUGGUGCAAGAUAUGCAAUGCGAAGACUCCCAGGAGUCGCAAGUACUUUUAAACAAACUUUAGAAAAUCUACCAAAAUUCGAUGCAGAGUCAAUGGCUAGCUCUAAAUAUUACAAAGGCGGCUUCGAUCAAAAAAUGAAUAGAAGGGAAGCAGCUCUGAUUCUUGGUGUCACACCUUCUUCUAACAAGAUUAAAGUUAAAGAAGCGUUCAAAAAAGUGAUGGCUGCUAAUCACCCGGAUAGAGGUGGAUCUCCUUAUCUUGCAUCAAAGAUCAAUGAAGCAAAGGAUUUCUUAGAAAAACAUAGUCGAUAAUGCAAUAGCAAUUUAUUUACUGUAAAAACAAUGUAUAAUGUAAUGUAUAUAGCUCUAGUUGAAAAAUUACUUUGAUAUCAUC